UUAAGAAGUGUCAAAUAAGACUAAACAUCAAGAAUGAAAUAAUGAAAAAAUUCCUAUAUGUGUACAAAACAUCAAAGAAUAUUUAGUACACAUUGUAAAUACUGUUAUUGAUUACAUUUGUUGCUGAAACGUAUUAAUAACUAAUACACCAGUAAUAUAUGAAAUGUCAGUUGAACCGAUGGUCUACCCCCAUUAAAUUAAAGUCGAAUAAAUGUGAUCGAAUCUUUCAGUGAGAAGUAAAUAACAAAAAUUAGAAUGCCUUGUGAAAUGAUAACUUUGCAACUGGGCCAAUGUGGGAACCAAAUUGGAUUUGAAUUUUGGAAGAAAUUAUGCGCCGAACACGGUAUUAGCGCAGAAGGUAUUUUAGAAGAUUACGCGACAGAAGGAACUGACAGGAAAGAUGUAUUUUUUUAUCAGUCGGACAAUGAACAUUAUAUACCAAGAGCAGUAUUAUUAGAUCUGGAACCUAGAGUAAUUCACACAAUUAUGAAUUCUCCAUAUUCCAAGUUAUACAAUCCAGAGAAUAUUUAUAUAUCGAAACACGGAGGCGGUGCCGGCAAUAAUUGGGCAUCCGGUUAUCAUCAAGGAGAGAAACUUCAAGAAGAAAUUUUUGAUAUUUUGGAUAGAGAAGCAGAUGGAAGCGACAGUUUAGAGGUAGUGAUUCAUAUGUAUUUGAAGAAAAGCUAUUUUAUAGGUUUAUCAUAUUAUUUACAUUUGCAGGGAUUUGUUUUAUGUCAUUCUAUAGCAGGUGGUACUGGUUCAGGUAUGGGUUCUUUUAUGCUUGAAUCUCUUGCGGAUAGAUACCCAAAAAAGCUAAUCGAAACAUACAGUGUUUUUCCAAAUCAAGAUGAAAUAAGUGAUGUAGUGGUACAACCAUAUAAUUCAUUGUUAACGCUAAAAAGAUUGACACAAUGCGCUGAUUGUGUUGUUGUGUUAGACAAUACUGCGCUUAACAGAAUAGCGUCAGAUAGACUUCAUAUUCAAAAUCCCAGUUUUACGCAAAUCAAUCAACUUGUUUCUACGAUAAUGUCUGUUAGCACUACUACUCUUCGGUACCCUUCUUACAUGAAUAAUGACUUGGUUGGUUUAAUUGCUCCAUUAAUUCCAACGCCGCGUUUACAUUUUCUGAUGACUGGUUACACUCCGCUCACUACAGAUCAAGAAGGCGCUUCUAUAAGGAAAACUUCUGUAUUGGAUGUAAUGAGACGUUUAUUACAACCAAAAAAUAUGAUGGUUUCUACAGCAUUGGACAGAAAUGCAUCUCAUUGUUAUAUAUCUAUACUAAAUAUUAUUCAGGGCGAAGUAGACCCAACACAAGUUCAUAAGUCGCUACAAAGAAUCAGGGAACGAAAACUUGCACAAUUUAUACCUUGGGGACCAGCUAGCAUACAGGUGGCUCUUUCUAGAAAAUCCCCAUACAUACAAAGUACACAUAGAGUGUCUGGCUUAAUGUUAGCCAAUCAUACUAACAUAUCAUCGUUAUUCGAUCGUGCCUUACAACAAUAUGAUAAACUACGAAAACGAGAAGCAUUUCUGGAACAGUUUCGUAAAGAGAAAAUGUUCGAAGACAAUUUGGACGAGUUGGAUAACUCUAGAGAAGUCGUUGAAUAUUUAGUCAAAGAAUAUCAAGCAGCUACGCGAGUUGAUUACUUGUCCUGGAAUCCUAACAAAGCAGACACAUAAAAUUUUCACCAACGUUUUGUAAUUUUUUGCCAUUAUUUGAGGCUUAAUCAGUCUUUGGACUGUAAACAUAUUUCUGAUUUCCGUGCAUACAAUGGAGGUAGCGUUGCAAUAGUGAUGAAUCCUGUAUGACCAGGCAGAGAACGAGCGUGCGUUACAGUAAGAAGUUUUGUUUGAUUUUGCUUUUCAUUUUCAUUUUGUUGUGCCAUAUCCUUGUUUGUAUGCUAAAAUGUAGUUAAAAUGUUCAUAUUAUUAUUUCAAGACAUUAAUAUUAUCUUGAACAGAAAAAAUAAACCAAGUAUAUGCCAUCUAUGCUAUUAGGAUAUUUACUAUAUUUUUCCUGCAGCAGUUAAAUGAAAAAUAAUAUUCUACGUA